AUGGGAAAAUCAGACGCGCCUGUACAGUGGACGGGCAAAUCUAUCCUCCAACUUUUUCUUUACAGACGUCGUGUGAAUUUAUUAAACUUGGGCUACGGAUUUGAACACAUUCCCUUUCUCUUCUUCUACGCAUACUCGCUCUACUAUUGUUUCUUGACUAUUGGUGAGCCUUAUGCUCAAGCUAUAAACGAGAUGGAAGCAUCAGGCUUUGGUUCGGGGGAUGUUGCUAUUUCGGGGGACGACGGGGGUCUCGCUGCUGCUAUGCUGUCCAAGGGGUCCGUACGUGAGACUGUGACUCAGCCCACAAUCAAUCAUACAACUAUGCUGGAUCAGGGCAUGGGAGUUGUACCAUUACCAAACCCUUUCUUGCCUGCUAUUGUACCUUUGCUGUGCCUUCUGGGUACGGUCAUGACCCAUGGUCUCAUGCUACUGUUUCAGAUCUGGUCUGUGCGUGUAAAAGCUUUUAUCAAGUACACACCGGUGUCUUCUCUGGAUCAAGCGACAUUCGUGAUGGUCGUGCCACGCUCUUUCAAGGGCAAGAGCAGUAUUAUUGAGAUUGUGCGUCCCAAGCACGAGGAUGGUACAUCAGCUGGACGUCCAUACUUUUUCUUUCAAAAACAUAAAUAUAUUGCUGAAGAAGAUGCGGGGGACAAAGGUGCUGCUCUUUUCUGCAAAUUGAAGGCUCCAACCACUGAGACGGUAAAGUUUUAUCUUGAUUGGCGUGGUUUCAACUCGGAACAUGAGAUUGAAGCACAGCUAGACUUGCAUGGGAAGAAUGAGUUCAGCAUCCCGCAGCCAAAGUUUGUGGAUAUGUUUAAACAACAGCUACUGGAACCGCUCACAGUGUUUCAGAUCUUUAGCGUUUGUCUCUACAUGCUGGACGAGUACUGGCAGUACUCGCUGUUCACGUUGGGUAUGAUUCUUAUGUUUGAAGGUGUAACAGUGAUGAGUCGUCUCAAGAACCUGCAGACGCUUUGCGGCAUGGGCAAUAAGGCUCGCGAGGUGUACGCAUACCGUACAAAGACUUGGAGAAAGUUGAGCUCGGAUCUGCUGGUUCCGGGUGACGUCAUCUCAGUAAAGCGUGAGACUGAUGGUGACCAUGCCAACAUGGUGCCCUGCGACUGCUUGCUAUUGGAUGGAUUGGCUGUACUUAACGAAGCCACCUUGACGGGUGAGAGCGUGCCACAGAUGAAAGAAGCUAUUGGCACAAAGAUGAGCUCUGAGGACCUCGCGAAGCAGCUUGACAUGAAAUCGGCUGACAAGGUGCACGUGCUUUUCGGUGGAACUACUGUGAUGCAAGCGGAUACGUUUAGCGAUGGACAGCCUGGCGUUUCGAAUCAGAGGAUCCCGUACGCACCAGACGGUGGCUGCACGGCAUAUGUGUUGCGUACGGGGUUUAGUUCGUCGCAGGGCAAGCUGGUGCGCAUGAUUGAGUUCUCUAGUGGCAAGGUGACGGGUAGCUCGUGGGACGCCUACGGCCUCGCGUUCUUACUUUUGAUUUUUGCCUUGAUCUCGUCGGGGUAUGUCCUUCGCCACGGUAUUGCGCAGAAGGGAAAAAUCACGUUUGAGCUGCUGCUGCGUUGUGUGCUUAUUAUCACCAGCGUAAUUCCGGCUGAACUUCCUAUGCAGACGGCAAUGGCGGUAAACUCGGCUCUACUGAACUUGGUGAAGCUGUCAAUUUUUUGUACCGAGCCUUUUCGAAUCUCGCUGGCUGGCAAGGUAAACAUUUGUUUAUUUGAUAAAACAGGUACCCUUACAACGGACCAACUUACUGCAGUUGGUGUGGUUUGUAAAGACACGACGACGCCUACUUCUGCUACCCCAACUGAUAAGGUACUUGGUCAUGUGCCGAUGAUUGCGGCUAACUUGGACGCUACAUUGGUGCUUGCUGGCUGCCAGUCAUUAGUUCAGAUUGACGGCAAGAUGGUUGGUGAUCCGGUGGAAGAGGCCUCGAUCCGUGCCAUCGAUUUUACGUACGAUGCAGCAACUCGCCAAUGUCAGGUAAAAAGGGAUCUUGAGCGUGCGAGCGAACGUCGCUGGGGCCAGGGCAUUAAUCAGAAGGAAGUUUUUGUACAAAUAAUGCACCGCAACCACUUUGCGUCGAAGUUGCAGCGAAUGAGUGUUGUUGCGAAGGUGCAUUUGGGCGACAAGGGUAUGCGUGUGCGUUCACUUGUGAAAGGAAGCCCCGAGGCAGUUGCGACGUUGAUGCGCCUUGAUUCAAUACCGGAAUGGUACUGGCCGACUUACCGCAGUCUUGCUCGCCGAGGAAUGCGUGUGCUUGCUCUUGCAUACAAGGAUCUUAGUGGGCGUCCAUCUGAGGCUGAGGUCGCUCAGCAUCCUCGCUCUUGGGCCGAAAGUGAUUUAAGCUUUGCGGGUUUUGCUGUAUUUCAGUGCCUGGUCCGUAAGGACAGCGGUGACAUUCUGACGGUGCUAAAGGACAGUUCGCACGAGGUUUCGAUGAUCACUGGUGAUGCUACGUUGACGGCUGUUCAUGUGUCAAAGGAGGUGGGUAUUAUUACUCGCCCGGCUCUAAUUUUGAGCGAGAACUCGUCACCUAGCGACCCGCUUCAGUGGAUAAGCGCUGAUGAUGACUCGGUUUUGGCGUCGUACAAUAGUGGCGACAUUACGAUCUUGGUGAAGAAGUAUGAUCUGUGCAUAAAUGGUAGGACACUUGUUGCAGCUGGUGAAGUAGACGGUAUGAUCUGGAAGAACCUGAACCACAUCCGCGUUUAUGCUCGAAUGACGCCAGAACUGAAGGAGAAAGUGCUUACUUUGCUGAAAACGCACGGCCACCAUACACUUAUGUGCGGUGACGGUGGUAAUGACGUCGGUGCCUUAAAACAGGCGCAUAUUGGUGUGGCACUGCUAGGGGGAUUCGGAUCAGCGAAUGCCGACAAGAGUGUGACUGGUCUGGCUAAGUACCAGAAAGGUAACGAGGCUACCGUGAGCACCCGCGAUGACCUGAUGAAGCUGCAUGUGUCAGUGCUAAAGAAGCGUCUGAUGCAACAAAAAGUGAACACGUCGCAAUGUAAGGGAAAGCAGGACUAUGUUGAGCUCAUUAUUAGCGAGCAGAAGAAAAAGUCUAUGGAGGUAAUUAAGAAGAAACAACAAGCUUUGGUGAAGAAAAAUCCAAAGCUGAAGGUUCUUAGUAAGGAGGAGCAGAUGGCUGAGAUGAGAAGAAAGCAGGAAGAAUUGGAGGCUGACGUCCGCGCACGCCAGGCUCGUGGAGAGUCAUUUGCACGGAUGAAGGCUAUUGCGGCAUUUGCCAAGCGCGAAGCGGAAGAAAAGAAGAAGCUGCAAAUGGAGCGUACAGGCUCCAAAGGAUUUGCAAAUUUCGCCAACAACGCUGCCAUGGCGCAGUAUAUGGACGACUUUGACGAUGGUGAGUUGCCGAUGGUAAAGCUUGGUGACGCAUCGAUUGCUUCUCCUUUCACGUCUCGCGCUCCAUCUAUUAAGGGCUGCGUCGACAUUAUUCGCCAAGGCCGUUGUGCACUUGUGACAACGAUGCAAAUGUACCAGAUUCUGGCUAUCAACUGCCUUAUCAGCUCGUACUCACUGUCCGUGCUGUAUCUGGACAAGGUCAAGUGGGCCAAUUCACAGAUGAUGGCGCUGGGCAUGAUAUCGACUGUGGCCAGCAUUACGUUAAGUCGCGCGACCCCGCUGGAUAAGUUGUCGCCUGUUCGGCCGCUGACAUCUAUUUUCCACCCAGCGCUUUUCUCAAGUCUUGCUGGCCAGUUUGCUCUUCACCUUGGUUGCAUGAUCUACCUUACAAACCUUGCCAAGGAGUAUACGCCCGAAGGCGAUAUUACGCAUUCGGAGCCUGGUGAAUUUAAGCCCAGCGUUAUGAGCACGGUCAUAUUCCUUAUCAAUGGCGUGCAGACGGUGAGCGUGUGUGCUGUGAACUACAAGGGCCGACCAUUUAUGAAGCCCAUGACGGAGAACCCGGGUCUCCUGUACUCACUCGGUAUCAGUAUCGUCGGCGUCUUUCUAUUGUGCACGGAGCGAAUGCCUAUGCUCAACAAAGUGUUGCAGAUUGUGCCCAUGCCUGACCCGCGCUUCACGCGUAUCCUUACUGGACUGCUUACCCUUGAGGUACUGGGUGCUUUUGCUUGGGAUCAGAUCUGUCUUCUGAUGUUUGCGCCGAAGAUUUUUAUCGCGUCGAUGCGAGCAUUGACUUUCAAGGACGUGCGCCAGCUCUGCAAGAUGACGGUCGUCUCACUUUUGAUCAUCUACGUCCUGGCCAACAUCGAUUACGACGAAAUUGAGCGCCAGCAGCAGCUUCUAGAGGAGCAGAGUGCUGUUACCGCUGCCGAGGAGAUCAGUAGUUAG